UUUCUCAUUCCCGGCGCUCCCGGUUCCCGUUUUUCCCCAUUCCCGUUUUUUCCUUUCCCGUUUUUCCCGGUUAUCCCGGGCCCGGAACGCAGCGCUACGGGACCCGUUUCCCGCGGACCUCAAUCGCCGCUUCCCCUGAGCCGCGCCGUCUCCGCGUUGAUUGACAGCUCUAGAGACCAAUCACAAACCGGCUUUUCUGCUUCAGCCAAUGGGAGGCCUCCGUGGGCGGGCGCGUGCGGGGCGGCCGGGCCGGGAGCGAGCGGGGCCGGCCAACCCUGCCUGCUUUAUGUAAUAUUUUUUCAUCGCUUGGAUGCUUCAUUUUGAGCCACUAAGCCGAGCAGGAGCUGAGCUGAUCCCUUGGUGCAGCAGUUUUGGGGCUGGGGACACAGCCCAGCUGUGCAGGAGGAGCAGGCACCAUCCAGGCCGAUGUCCCCGCUCUGAUCCCAUCCAGAGUGUCCCCGCAGGGGCUGGAUCCCGGGCAGGAUGAGGAUCGUGGUGGCCAAGGUGCUGUGCCUGCUGGGGAUCUGUGUGCUGGUGCUGGCCGGGGCCCUGCUGCCCGUCCGGCUGAUGGAGGCCGACCCCGAGAAGGCUCAGCGCUCCCGCCGCCUCCUGGCGCUCUGGAAUUCCUUCGGGGGCGGCGUCUUCCUGGCCACGUGCUUCAACGCGCUCCUGCCCGCCGUCAGAGGGAAGCUCGAUGAGGUGCUCAGGCAGAACAACGUCACCACGGACUACCCGGUGGCCGAGACCAUCAUGAUGCUCGGCUUCUUCCUGUCGGUCUUCGUGGAGCAGCUCUUCCUGACCUUCCAGAAGGAGAAGCCGUCCUUCAUCGACCUGGAGACCUUCAACGCGGGCUCGGACGCGGGCAGCGACUCGGAGUACGAGAGUCCCUUCGUGGCGUCCCCGCGCGGGCGCGCGCUCUACGGGGAGCACGGCCUGCCCUCGCACGGCCUGCGCCUCCCCGAGCUGGCCCGCUGCGGCCCCCGCCGCCUGCUGGGGCUGGUCUUCGCCCUCUGCACCCACUCCAUCUUCGAGGGCCUGGCCCUGGGCCUGCAGGAGGACGGCGGCAGAGUGGUCAGCUUGUUCCUGGGAGUGGCCGUGCACGAGACGCUGGUGGCCGUGGCUUUGGGCAUCAGCAUGGCCAAGGCCUCGCUGCCGCUGAGGGACGCGGCCAAGCUGGCGGUGGCCGUGUGCCUGAUGAUCCCGCUGGGAAUCGGCGUGGGGAUGGGCAUCGAGAGCAGCCGGAAUGCCGCGGGCAGCGUCGCCUCCCUGCUGCUGCAGGGCAUCGCCGGCGGCACCUUCCUCUUCGUCACCUUCUUCGAGAUCCUGGCCAAGGAGCUGGAGGACAAGAGCCACCGGCUGCUCAAGGUGCUGUGCUUGGUGCUGGGCUACGCCGCGCUGGCCGGGCUGGUGCUCGUCCCGUGGUGAGCCGGGAGACUCGGGAAGCCGAGGGAGCGAAACCUCGCCUCUCCCCUCCCACUGCGCCGGGAGGAGCCGCCCCUUUCACCGCUGGAACAGCCCAACCCGGGCGGAGUUUCCGUGAUGACCUGAAGGAGGAGAAUCUCUCCCGUGUGCUCAGAGUGAGGAAUAUCCCGAGGGAUUGUCCCUGCCCGAGGGGCUGCAGGGAUUAGCGGACACAAACGUGAAGGAUCUGGGUAAAUUCUGC